CAUAUUUAUCUCAUCUUCGAGCACAGAUUAGAGAAAGCUCUUUUUUUGUCAGAUAGACUUACUGAUUUUUUUAAGAUAAAAGAAAACCCUAGUUUUUUCAACUCCGUUUUAUUCGAUCAAUUUGAGCCAAAGAAGAUGUUAUUGUGUGGGUAUUGGGUGUUUGGGUUCAAAUGAUUUGUUGAUCUGAUCUUGGACUCAUCCACACUUAGACUCAACUAUUAGUGUUUUAGGGUUUUUUUUUUUUUUUAUUCGUUUGUUUUUGUUUUCUUGAUUGCUUUCACGCUUAAUACUGAACACGUCACUCACCAUUCUCUCUUUCAAUAUUACUUUAUGAUUUUACUUUCGCUUUAAACAGAAAAAAAUAGGGAAAAAGAAAAACAAAGAAAGAAGCCAGCUUUGUUGCAAGAAACUAAAAGGGUAUGGCCUCAACUGAGAGCUCCAGAUCUUCACCUUCUGGGUCUCCUGAUUCAUACAUAGGCAGCUUGAUAAGCUUGACGUCUAAGUCUGAAAUCAGAUAUGAAGGUGUUCUCUUUAACAUCAACACUGAAGAAUCCAGCAUCGGUUUGAGAAAUGUAAGGUCAUUUGGAACAGAAGGGCGAAAAAAAGAUGGUCCACAAGUUCCAGCAAGUGAUAAAAUUUAUGAGUACAUACUCUUCCGUGGAAGUGACAUAAAGGACUUGCAAGUUAAAUCUUCUCCACCAGUUCAGACCUCAGCACCUAUACACAAUGAUCCUGCCAUUAUACAGUCUCACUAUCCCCAGUCAGCAAUUGCAUCCACAAGCUUGCCUUCUAGUACUGGAUCUAUACAAGAUCCAGGUUCCCAAACUCCGUCUGUAGGACUGGUGAGGCCAACAUUUCAAGGCAGUCUUCCAUUAUAUCAACCUGGUGCAAGUUUAGGGCCAUGGGGUUCAUUGACUGCUCCAACCACAAAUGGUGGGCUUUCCAUGCCUAUUUACUGGCAAGGUUACUAUGGGUCAACAAAUGGUCUUCCUCCACAGCAACAACCUUUACUCCGACCCCCACCUGGCUUGUCAAUGCCACCUUCCAUGCAGCAAUCUAUGCAAUAUCUAGCCAUGAAUGUGUCAUUACCUACUGCAGCUUCUAACUUGCCAGCUUCUCAGUUUUCUGAAAACAGUCAGUUGCUGCCACCCUUUGGUACAGGCGCCAUGAAUUUAUACUCUUCUUUUCUUCCAUCACAUUCUUCUACAGUAGUUUCAGACUCAUCAACUAGUUUGAAUCCAGAUAGGGCUUCUUCUUUAACUCUUUCUACUGCAGCUCCAACUAGUAGCUUGCCAUUGGUAUCCCCAUCAAGUACUGCUUUAGAUAAAAGUGCUGUCAUGUUGUCUUUUUCUGACAAGCCUAAGACAGUCCCUGAUCCCACAAUGCCAUUCAAAGGCAUGCCUGAUUCUGCUUCCUCCACCAUAGGGACAACAAGUUCAGUUUUGAAUGAUGGAAUGCUUCCUUCUUUGGUAACCCCAGGCCAGCUUUUACAACCUGGAUUGGUCACAGCAUCUUUUUCUAUGUCUUCACAAACAGCUCAGAAGGACGUGGAGGUUGUUCAUGUGUCAUCUCCAGAAUUGACGUCAGCACCAGCACUAGCACCUCUGUUAGCAAAAGCACCACCACCUCUGUUAGCACAAGUGCCACCACCAGUUUCAGCACAAGCAUCACCACCAUUGUUAGAACAAGCACCACGACAACCACCAAAAACAGAAGGACAUGAACCGAUAUUGCCUUCACCUUCACCCUCUGACCAGAAGCUACAUGGAGCUCCAAUGCACGCCUAUCAUAGUUACAGAGGAGGACGUGAAAGAGGAAGAGGAAAUGGGAUUUCACGUUCAGCAACCAGAUUUACUGAAGAAUUUGAUUUCACAGCGAUGAAUGAGAAAUUUAACAAGGAUGAAGUUUGGGGUCAUCUCGGCAAAAGUAGCCGAGCUCAGGAAGAUGUCGAUGAUUUACAAAAUGAAGAUAGUGUUGGGUCCCUGAAAGGGGAGGUUAAGCGUGUAUAUGUUAAGGAUGAUUUUUUUGAUUCCUUGUCCUGUGAUUCUCUUGGUGGUGGGUCGCGUGGGAGAACUAGAUUUUCAGAGCAAAUGAGAAGAGAUACAGAGGUACUAUAUUCCAUUGCAUUGGGGGCUGGGCUUGUUUGCGUUAGAGGUGUAAUUGAGCUGGGUCGUGAUGAUACAAUGAGAAGCAUGAGCUUGAUCCAAACUCGAGGCUCAAAACUUGCUAGCUUGAUUGAGUUUCAUUUUUUUAGCUUAAGUUUGACUUGAGCUAGAAAUCGAGCACUCAAGCUUGCUCAAAUUAGUGUCAUUUACUAAGUACAACAUUAGCUCGAUUCCCACACUUGGCUUGAAGUUCAAUUAUUUGUGCUCAAGCUCAAUAAUAACCAAUAGGUAUAUUAAGGGUAAAAUAAUAAGUUAAGAAUUAAAAUAAUAAAAAUAUAUAUUAAAAUAGAAAAACUUGAUUAGGCACACUAGUCACUCAAGCUGGAUAUUAAGAUGCUCAAACUUGUCUCACUUGAUAAUUCGGGGUAUUCAAGCUCGACUUCGGCUCGACAAAAACUGAGCUUAAUUUGAUUUUUGAGUCAAGUUCGUUUAGCUUGUGAGCAUCAAUGUCUCGUUUAACACCCUGUAAAUGACAAGUUCAAUGGGGAAUAGGAGGAAUUGGAGCUUGGACUUCGACCAAAGAAGUAACGACAGUUAAAAACUGAUCUGGUUAUGACUUAUAAGCUUGUAAUGGAGUUUACAUAAAUCUCUGGCGUAGUAUUUGUUGAUAAUGUGUGUUUUUCAAUAUGCAUGAUCUCGUAUUCUUGAUAAAAUUCUCUU